GGUGACCGAGGAGAGCCUGCAGGCGGACAGCGACGCCGACAGCAUCAGCCUGGAGCUGCGCCAGCCCGACGGCACCCUCGUCUCCUUCGUCGCCGACUUCAAGAAGGACGUGAAGAUCUUCCGGGCCCUGAUCCUGGGGGAGCUGGAGAAGGGGCAGAGCCAGUUCCAGGCCCUCUGCUUCGUCACCCGGCUGCACCGCAAUGACAUCAUCCCCAGCGAGGCCAUGGCCAAACUUCGGCAGAAGAACCCCCGGGCCGUGCGGCAGGCCGAAGAGGUGCGGGGCCCGGAGCAGCUGCACAUGGACGUGGCCGUCAACUUCAGCCAGGGCGGCCUGCUGAGCCCUCAUCUGCACAACGUGUGCUCCGAGGCCGCUGAGGCCAUCUACACCCGCCAUGAGGACGUCCGCUUCUGGCUGGAGCAGGGUGUGGACGGCUCCGUGUUCGAUCCUCUGCCCAGGGCCUCCGAGCAGGCAGAGCUGCCCCGCUGCGGGCAGGCGGGGGGCCGUGGGAAGCCCUGCAUGUGCCACUACGGCCUGAGCCUGGCCUGGUACCCCUGCAUGCUCAAGUACUGCCACAGCCGCGACCGGCCCGCGCCCUACAAGUGCGGCAUCCGCAGCUGCCGGAAGACCUAUGGCUUCCACUUCCCUGUGCCCCAGCGGCAGCUGUGUCUCUGGGAUGAGGACACCUAGCUGGCUGAGGAGGCCUGGGCUGCUCCGGGCCUGCCCAGAGGAGGUGGCAUCCUCAUGAGGCCUUAUCUCCCUGCCCUGCCCCGAGCCCCGGUCCCACCCACCCGACUGAAGAGGGUGUGGCAUCAUGGGGUGACUGGUAGGGGCAGCCCCAACUGCCACCCUGUGCCUUCCUUGGGGCAGAGAGGGACGAGGGGGUUCUCUGAACUCGCACCCCACCCUCCUUCAUCUCCCCUCAAGUGUUCACUUUGAAGCCUUCACAAUGUGACCCUCCCUUCGAACUCUCAGGCUUAGACCCUGAAAGGAACCUGCGCCUGUUCCACCCCCGCCCCCAUGCCGCUGCCCCCCUGCACCUUCCCAUCCCCAGCAAUGAGGGGACACUACCCUAAGAGGGGCCUGCUGGGGACCGAUGCCAUAGGCCCCCCCGGGGGCUUACAGCACAGCCUCCUCCUGGCCCCAGGCCACCCCCACCCAGACCCGGCCAGCCAGUGCCUUCCAGACCUGGCCAGGAACAGCCCCCAGCCCUGUCCCCUAAAUGGAAGUAUUUUUGUAAGGUUCUGGGGUGGGGAGGGUGCAUGAAGUACAAGGAAGACUUGAAUUCCAGAUUUUUAAUGCAAAGUAUUUAUCAUUUGUACCAGAAAUAAAAGUUUAAAUUUUUA